UUUCUCAAAAAAUCCAACAUGGCGGCCAAAUGCGUUUUCCGUCCUUCAAUCGCUAGUUUUAGACUUUGUGGAUCAGGUGCUUUGAGGUGUCUUGAGAGAAUACACAGCUGUCAAAGGUCUUUAACACAGGAAUCAAAUUAUUUUCAUUCAUCCGCCCUUUUGUCCAAAGCAAGAACAAGAAGUCAAUGGAGGAAAGACAGAGCACCAGCACUUACCAAGCUCCUUAAAGUGCAUUUUGUUUUGUUUAUCUUUGUAGAUGUAGAGUUUGAAUGUCGUAUCAUUAGUGUGGUUCAUAACACAGCUCAUAAAGACUUCAACCAAGAAGGUGUGAUGGUCAAAGGGACCAUUGUUGAAGUGGACCCAAGUCCUUUUAAAACCUGGUACAUAACCCAUUACCAAAAAGAAGACUCUUCACAAGAGGCUAAUUCUUCACUUGAACAUCUCAUGCCAUACCCGAACAAGGGAAAACUUUAUGCUAAAAUAACAUCACGGCCAGGUCAAAUUGGAUUUUGUAAUGGGUAUAUCCUUGAGGGAGAUGAGUUGGAGACUUUGUUCAGCACGCGUGAAGACUUAAGGCCGUCAUCGGACAAAAGCGCGCAAGGACGAUGAUCAUACCAUGGAUUAUCCCGUCAUCCAUGGGAAAAACUUCUAAAUUUUGUGCAAUCCUUCCUCCCAAUCUUUUGGUCCUUCAGCCUUCAUUUGAUAGCGGGUGCAGGGGAAGGAAUUGUUGUCAACGCUUUACAGACUGUAAAUAGUUAAUAAAGGUGGGAAACAUAAACUCGG